GCCUCAAUUUGCUGUUAUUGCUGGACCUCGGCGUUUGUCGUUAUUGUUUAUGUUAUUUCCCCCCCCCCCAUCUUAACUUUGUGAGACAAACAACCGUUUGAAUGCUCGAGUUCGAUUAGGCGACGAAGUUAGCAUGCUACGCGGAUUUGUAGCGACGGGGGGGGGGGGGGACGCCAUUUUACCGACGUCAUUUCCGACGCGCGUCCAACCCUCCCUUCCUGCUGGUCUCCGGGAUCCGAGCGCAGCCUUCCGGGGUGUCACACUCGUCCCGAUUUCCGUCCGCUGUGUUGUCGUGAACGCUGUUAGUGUUCGUUUUCUCACUUUCCCGAGGUCGCCGAGUUCACAGGCACGCGGGGGAAAGGAAGCCCCGCGACGGAGCUGCGGAAAUGCGCCGCUAAUGUUGCCUCUCCUCGUUCCCCUUAAGAUCUACCAGGAGCCCAAGAACGACGCCGAGUGUCUGAGCAACAUAAAGGAGUUUGUCAAGGGCUGCACAUCUUUCCGCGUCGAGCCGUUCGAGGCCGGUGACCUGCUGCUCGGCCUGAACUUCUCUAAGGUGCUCAGCAGUCUCGUGGCUCUCAAUAAAGCGACGGCAGAUAUCGGCGUGGGCAGUGACUCGGUGUGCGCCCGGCACUCGUCCGCCCAACGGAUCAAGUCGUUUGAGUCUGUGGCCUCCCAGGCGUCACUGGGUCGAUCCUCCAAGCUGCUGCAGAACCAGUUUCGCAGUCUGGACAUGUCAGAGAACAGCGGGCAGCAGCUGCUGGUGAAGGCGCGUUUCAACUUCCUGCAAACCAACGAGGAUGAGCUCACCUUCAACAAAGGCGACAUCAUCGGGGUGACUCGUCAGGAGGACGGCGGAUGGUGGGAAGGAACCCUCGACGGCAAGACGGGAUGGUUUCCUAGCAACUAUGUCCGUGAACUCAAAGGCUCCGACAAACAAGUGUCCCCCAAGUCUGGUACCCUUAAAAGUCUUCCCAAAGGCUUUGACACAUCUGCCAUCAGCAAGACUUACUACAACUUGGUGUUGCAGAACAUUUUAGAAACUGAGAUCGAGUAUUCCAAGGACCUCCUGAGCCUCCUCACAAAUUACCUGCGGCCUCUCCAGAGCUUUGAGAAGCUGAGCGGCUCCGACGUCUCUCUGAUCCUGGGAAACCUGGAGGAGAUCUGCACCUUCCAGCAGAUGCUCGUCCAAUCAUUGGAGGAAUGCACCAAGCUUCCGGAGAGUCAACAAAGGGUGGGCGGCUUCUUCCUCAACCUCAUGCCCCAGAUGAAGGCUCUUUACGUGGGUUACUGCUCCAACCACCCCUGCGCCGUUAACGUGCUCACGCAACACAGCGAGGCGUUGGGGGAGUUCAUGGAGGGGAGAGGCGCCGUCUGUCCCGGGAUCCUCACACUGACCACGGGCCUCAGUAAACCUUUCAUGAGACUGGACAAAUACCCCACCUUGCUCAAAGAGCUGGAACGCCACAUGGAGGAGAGUCACCCCGACAGAAGUGACAUCCAGAAGUGCAUGGCCUCUUUCAAACAUCUGUCUACUCAGUGCCAGGAGGUCCGCAAGCGUAAGGAGCUCGAGCUGCAGAUCCUGACCGAAUCCAUCCGGCUGUGGGAAGGCGACGAUAUCAAGACUCUGGGCUCUGUGCUGUACAUGAGCCAGGUCCUGGUGCACACUCCUGGGGCCGAGGAAAAGAGUGAGCGUUACCUCAUGCUCUUCCCGCACGUCCUCCUCAUGUUGUCGGCCAGCCCCAGGAUGAGCGGCUUCAUAUUCCAGGGAAAGCUGCCUCUGGCCAGCAUGUCGGUCAGCAAACUGGAAGACUGCGAAGCCCACAAAAAUGCCUUUGAGCUGAGCGGCCCCAUGUUUGAGCGUCUUCAGGUGUCAUGCGCCAACCAGCAGGAUCUGCAGGACUGGGUGGAGCAUCUGACGCGGCAGAUCAAGCACACUGCGGCCACAGCGCCGAGCCACAAACCUCUCAACGUUCCCUGCCACACGCUUCCGUCCCAUCCUGUCACCCCGUCCCGGCACGCGGAGGGGAGGGCCAUGACGGUGGCCCCCACCUACCACACCCUGCCUCACCCGUCCUCCCACGGGACGUCUCACAGCACCAUGAUGUGGGGCCCCCUGGAACCUCCGAACACCCCGAAACCCUGGAGCUUGAGCUGCCUGCGGCCCGCGCCCCCGCUGCGACCCUCUGCAGCCCUCUGCUAUAAGGAGGAUCUAAGUAAAAGUCCCAAGAGUGUCAAGAAACUCCUUCCCAAGCGAAAGCCAGAAAGGAAACAGUCUGAGGAGGAGUUCGCCUUGAGGAAGAGCACCGCUGCUCUGGAGGAAGACGCCCAGAUCCUAAAAGUCAUCGAGGCCUACUGCACCAGCGCCAAGACCAGGCAGACACUCAACUCCAAACCACGGAGGGAAACGGGGCUGCACGUGAUCAUUCCGGGCGAGGACAAAGUACUGCUGGAUGACGCGAUGAGUCGCAACGGACAAAUUGCAGCGGAAGAGAAGAGCCUUGUUGACGUGGUGUACGCCUUGAGGGAUGAGGUACAGGAGAUAAAACAGGACAACAAGAAGAUGAAGAGGUCGCUGGAGGAGGAGCAGAGGGCCCGCAAAGAUCUGGAGAAGGUCGUCAGGAGGGUGUUGAAGAGCAUGAACGACGCCACGUGGGACGAGACCAACCUGUGAGACUCGGCUUCGGACGCGCGCUCGUCUCUCUCUUUUUUUUUUUUUGGUGAUGCCGUGCACGUCGGAACCGUUUCAAGAACCUUCCUCAAACAUCGACGCCAUCUCCAGUCUGGCGGAGACAACUCGGGAGACAUUUGCGCUCCUCCUGUUUACAAUCAUUCCACUGGAUGCCCUGUGGUACUCCACGCGUGGUACUGAUACACGGUGACGUCGUGGGUCAGUUUGAACCUCUGCCGUCUUAUUUUGUAACUUUUCAUGUCUCGUGUUAUUUAAUCUUUUAUGAUUUUCUUUUAUGAGUUUCUUUGCCUUGUUGUAUAGGCUUGGGGUUUUUUUUUUUCAUUUUUAUUUUGCUGCAUGUUUAUUUUGCGAUUUGAGUUGUUGUGCAUCGUUUAACUUGUAUAGUGUAAAUAUGGCACCAAAAAUGGUUUGGGGAGAAAUAAAAAAAAUAAUCUGCA